UGUGUGUGUGUGUGUGUGUGUGUGUGUGUGUGUGUGUCGCUCGCGGUCGUCUGUCUCGUGUUGACACACUCGUUAAUGUUUAACGUGUGUAAAGAAUAAAAAGUGUGUCCUGUCUGUUCACACACACACACACACACACACAUGAAGGUGGAGCAAUGGCCGCCCUGCGAGCAGCCAAACAAGCCCUGAGGAAAGAAAUCAAGCGGCGGGUCGCGGCGGUGACAGCGGAGGAGAAACUGCGACAGUCCCUGGUGCUUUCACGGAAGCUGUUCAAACACCCUAAGUAUGUGUCCUGUAAGCGCAUCGCAGUGUUUGUGAACAUGGACGAUGAAGUGCGCACUGAGGAAAUCAUCAAAGACGUCUUCAGGUUGGGUAAAAGCUGCUUCAUCCCCAGAUACGAGAGCCGCAGCUCCCACAUGGACAUGCUGAAGAUGAACAGUCUGCAGGACAUCCAGACGCUGCCGCUGACGUCCUGGAACAUCCGACAGCCCGCUGAGGACGACAAGAGCAGAGAGGAAGCACUGGCUACAGGUGGUCUGGACCUGAUCCUGAUGCCGGGCCUGGGUUUUGACCGGUCGGGCAAGCGUCUGGGACGAGGGAAGGGCUUCUACGACACCUACUUGGAGCGCUGCAUCAGACACCCCAAAGGAAAGCCCUACACCAUCGCCUUGGCCUUCAAAGAGCAGCUCUGUCAGGAGAUUCCUGUCGGCGACAAUGACGUGCUCAUAGAUGAAGUCCUGUUUGAGGACGACCAGUAGCCAAUCUAUCAUGAGUGGUGGUCCAUGAACUGAAAACUGUCUGUGUUUCCAUGACAACAGUUUUACCUGCAAACACCAAAUGACUCUUUUGGACUCGACCUAGCAGAAAAUUAAAUCUAAUGGUCAUUCAUGCCAAUGAUUCCACCUGAUGUUUACCUUCACUGUGAAUUUUCAUCAUUAUUGUAAACAACAUUUUUUUAUCACUGAUGAAAAUGAUAACUGAAUAAAACCUAAUUUAUGAUGAAAUGAAGAAA